AUGUAUCUCAGUUUUGGAGUUCAUGUAGACCACGACUCGAACGCCAGACUGAUAGUUCUGAAAGGCAAUGAUGAAUGGAGUUCCCUAGCGCUGGUGCGAGAUGCGGUGGAAACAAUACAACCGGCACUAAUUCAGCAUCCAAUGCUGAAAGUUGUUGCGGCACCAUAUGACGCAUUGGGCUUCACCUUGAUAGCUGCCAUCGGCGUCUUCCGCACAACCUUGCUCGUCUACCAGCCAGAAACCGAGCUAUUGACAGCUGCAAAUGAGCAUGGUGGAGAAAAGUGUCACGAUGGAGGUCUUGCAAUGGCGCAGACGAAAACUGUGAAUGGGGUACGGGUUGCGGUGGCGGCACUCAUUCUUGUGGGGUCGGGCACUAUGGAUGUGCUCGAGCUCAUGAUCAAAGGCAAUGUGGAAGACCCGUCCGUUCCGGAGGUGCUCAUACUGAGGCGUAUCAGAACUUGCGCCCCGCCAAGCUCGGAACAUAUUUACAUCCCGCAAACGUCGGAAAUGGCCGACGGGCGUUUCUAUCUGUACUACCUGGAGAUGGUCCACAGUAAGGUGGCGGACUGCUUGUGCGGCUGUGAUGAACAUUGGGGCUAUACGCGUGCCGGGCAAUGGUUAAUGGAACUAGGAGCCGAUCUCACCUGCAUCAACCGCCACGAAGCCGUGGUCAUGAAGGAGAUCAAGCCGAAGGAUUCGAGCUUUCAGAUGACCGUCAAGCGCUCGCCACAAACAAAGCUGGUCGAUCUCGAAAUUUAUUAUGCGGAGCAAGAAUACGACAAUUAUCUGAAAUACGCGUACUGGAAUAUGGACAAAAUCAGAUUCGCUUUCACCAAGGGAGUGCCACAUUGUAAAAAUUUCGAUUAUGAUGGCAGGACGAUAUCGUUUUUGGAUCAAGAGAACGUCGUCAAUGUAAAAGUCCGGAGCACCGAUACAGCCCGACCGAUGCCGCCAGCUUUUUGUAAAGGCCCGUGCUAUUUUCUACAUCAGCGGGGCGAAGACUACGCCGAAGGCAUGGAUGCAUUCUUCACGAAAGACUCCAAGCAUCCGCAUCCUCAAAUCGAACGCUUGAUGCAUUAUAACCCGAGACAGGGCAGCUACUUGUUCGAAGUUCGCGGGCAUGUCGUCAUGGGAGCAACGGAUGCUGAAAAGAAGCUGCAACUUAUCAAACACCCAUCAACACCGAUAGAACCCGGAUUAACUUAUAGCCUCCCGACCAUAUUGUUUUUCGACAAAAAACAAAUUGCCAAAGAGGCACUCGACGAAAACCCCUGCAUGUUAGCGUGGGGCGUCAAGGAUGGAAACUUUGUCAUUAAGUUCCUUGAUCAGCGCGGCCGUAAGCUGGGAAUCAAGGAUCCCGACAAUGUCGAUUAUAUCGUCGAUGAAGCUUGGGGAAGGAGAGCCAAAGACAUCAAGUCGAUUUGUCUGGUCACAGAAAAGUCGCAGCACUUGAUCAUUGCGUGGAGCCAAGGAUUCUUGCAUGCGACGCCGUGUGAAGAUCGCGGUCUUAUCUUCGAAGAUACUGUACAAGUCAUUGGCAAAAAUGAAUUCCAUCGCCAUUCCAAGGUCGUCGAUUUGGCGUACAAACCGAUGGAGCAGGUGUUGAUGCUGCUACUCGGGAAUGCAACCCUAGUCACCUACAAAUGUUUGGCGAUUUCCAUCGUGCUCUAUGACUUGGUGCAUCAACGCGUGCUCUUCGCUUCGGUCAAGGAUUAUCAGAAGACUUUCGAUGCUGUGCGGCGAUUUUUUGGCCUAACAGUCGGUAUGCACGAGAUUCAAUGUGUCGUGCUCACCCAUUUCGGCGCCAAUGACCAGAUCACGGCCACAUUCUGCGAAGUGAUGCAUGAUUCUCCCCCGUUCCAACGGUCCAUGGUUGAGCACCAAGUGCGGAAAAUGGUCUCAAUACACGUAGAAAAGUGCGGUCUUACUGUGAUUGCCGCAAUUGGAAGUCAGGCCACAAUCCUGGUGUACGAUCCUACAACAGAAACUAUCGUCAACGCCAAUCAACACACGUGGGCUCCCGUAUAUUACGAUGUUGCCCUUUUCCCGCAAAGAGUUUGCCACCAAACCCUGCUGAUUUCCGAUAAUCUGAAAAAUAUGCAAAUUUGUGCUGGGCCGCUGCAGCCAGAGAGAGGCGCCCUGCAACUGUUUUUCUGCGAAAAGCGCCUCGAGGGCGUGGAAACCGUGUUUUAUGCCGGCAUCAUCGCAUUCGGAGUGGGUAAGAACACACAGCAGGCAACGAUUACCGGCUCGCGCAAGACGAAAUCAUCCGGAAAUCAUAUUGCAUCGAGAACACAGAUCUAUUUCCACGGUGGACUGAUGCGCGGAGUCGGAAUUAUUCAAGACCAUAGGGACCCGGCGAACGGAAAGCUAAGCGAGAAAGUUGCGUAUUGGCGGUUAUCAGGCGACAAGCUUCCGUUCGAAUUCGAAGAAAAUGGCUGGGUGGAUGGAAGAUAUAGCUUUGGGGAUACUCAAGUGACCGUCUAUGAUGAGAAAAGGGAGUUCGAUAUCUCGAAGACAAAACACCGCUCCGACAAACGGCCCAUACGACUACACAAGAAAUUUGGGGUCGACAAAGUGGUGCAGCUAUUCGAGAACAACGCCCUAGCCUAUGGGCCGGAUGCUCUACAUGUUAUGCGUCUAUGUUCUUGCAUAAAAUCGCAGGACAAGAAA